AAUAAGUAAAUGUUUGAAAUUGAAAUGUUUUAAAGAUAUUGUAUGAGAUUGUAAUAGACCUUAAACUUGAUAGGGUACUAUUUAAUUUACCCUUAAAUUUACUAACGGAAAAAUGCUCAAAACUUGGCGUGGACAUGAUAAAUCUUUGAGCUGCAUGCUGCUUUCCGAUGAUGGUUCUCUUCUUGUUUCUGGUUCAGAUGAUGGGAUGAUAUGUGUGUGGAACUUGAUUAGUUUGCUGGAUGUAGAAAAUGUUGAAAGCUUUCCGUCACCAUUACAUUAUUCAACGGAGCAUAAAUCCUCUAUGACUGGCUUGUUAACUACAUCAGGCAUCUCAAGUCCAGUGUUAAUAUCAAGCUCACUUGAUGGCUCGUGCAAGGUUUGGGAUUUAGUCUUGGGAAACCUCAUGCAUACUCUAGUUUAUCCACCAGGGAUAACUGCAGUUGCCCUUCACCCAAAGAAGCAGUUAAUUUUCUCCGGAAGUAUAGACGGAAGAAUUUUUGUGAACAAACUCGAAAUCGGACUGGUAGAGGAUUAUUUGGUUGGUGCUGAAGAUCAAUCACCUGUGCUAAAAGGACACAACGGAUCUGUUACCGCAUUAACCUUCAGCAAAUCUGGUCUGAUAUCCGCAUCUGAGGACUGCACCAUCUGCAUUUGGGAUAUCAGCAGUUGUGAAAUCAUCCGAAGAUUCAACCAUCAGAAAGGGCCUGUAACUAAUCUGGCAGUGAUUCCACAGUCCUCGUUGCUUCCUGUGUCAAACCAUCGUAAAAAGUCUAAUGCAUUUGGUGUUUCUGUGCUCGGUAAGCAUCCACAACCAGCCAACUCAUCCAACGAGAAGAUCACUCUUUUUUCACCAUGCCACUCCCGGAAACCAAAUCUCCAUCAAUUUCCAGACCACUGAUUUCGCUGCCCAACAAAUACAAAACAUGGAGAAAGAUUCAGUUGCCGCAAUGGAGAUGAAAUUGGAAACAUGUCUAGAGGGCCGAAUGCGGGCGACAAAAAUGGUGAAGCAUAUGAAUGUGAUGGAAAUGAAUAGGCAUUUGCAAUCGCCUUUGCUAGGUCUAGCGAAACUGAUUCAUCUUCAACGAGAAAGAGCAAGACCGAUUCAUCUUCGACGAGAAAGAGCAAGACCAUCAUGCUUGAAAAUCCCCCACUGCAAGCGGGGGAGGAGCAGCCAUAAAUCCUCAACUCAUCUUUGUUCCCAUGUGUCUACUUAUUUUGCCAAUUAAUAUAGAGGUUAAGAUUAUUAUAAUUACCAACUUAUCAAAACUGUUUCUUUCUUCUUGUAUAAGGCCAUGCUAUAGUCAGCUAGUAAUUCUGUAUAGUGAUAUCUUUUCUACUUGUGAGCGGGAGGCCUGAGGUUCGAUCACCGUGACUGGCAAGUACAACACCUAAUUAUUAUUGUUGAGGCUGCAGAGCCAUUAUCGUGGCGUAGCCUAAAUUUCUUCAUUCUCACUGUCAAAUGUUCUUCAUUCUUAUCAACAACAAAUAAUGUAUCGAGAUGUCUUUUGCCUUGUGGUAGCUGUAUCUAUCACGACUCA